CUUCUCUUGAUUGUAAGUGGCUAGAGGACAAGAAACAGAAGCAUGGCCAAAAAUGAAGAAUUGUAUUAUGGAAAAAAUGGUGAACCGAGGAAAUUUGAUCCAAAGUUCAGCGGACCUAUUCACAACAGGCAUUGUACAGACGUUCUAUGCUGUGUCAUCUUCGUUGUGGUUAUCCUGGGUUAUAUUGCAUUAGGAAUUGUAGCUUGGGUACACGGUGACCCCAGAAAAGUGGCUUAUCCUACUGACAGCUACGGGCAGUUCUGUGGUCAAAAGGACACGCCUAAUGAGAACAAGACAAUUUUGUUUUAUUUUAACAUUCUGAAAUGUGCCAGCCCUAUAGUGCUAAUAAACCUACAGUGCCCUACAACACAGCUUUGUGUCUCAAAGUGCCCAGACAGGUUCGCAACCUACAUAGAAAUGCAAUCUUCCUACAGAAAUUAUUGGGAAUACUACAGACAGUUUUGCAAACCUGGCUUUAAUAAGCCACGGAAGUCUGUGACCCAAGUUAUGCGUGAUGAAGAUUGUCCUUCCAUGAUUGUUCCAAGCCGGCCUUUUCUUAAGAGGUGCUUUCCUGAUUUCUCCACUAAAAAUGGUGUUCUGACUGUGGCUAAUCAAACUACGUUCAAGGAUGGAAGAGGAAAGACAAGGAACGUAACUGAUCUCAGGGAAGCUGCAAAUGGCAUCAAUAAUGUUCUCGAUGCAAGAUCAGUUGGGAUGAAAAUUUUUGAAGAUUACGCCAGUUCUUGGCAUUGGAUUUUGAUAGGUCUGUUCAUUGCAAUGGUGGUCAGCUUGCUCUUCCUCAUACUUCUGAGAUUCAUAGCAGGGGUUCUCUUCUGGAUUUUCAUCUUUGGUGUGAUUGGGAUUAUAGGAUAUGGUAUCUGGCAUUGCUACUGGGAAUAUCACUGCCUUCAUGGAAUACCAGGCUCUGAUCUUACUAUCUAUGAUAUUGGAUUCCAGACGGACUUUAGAGUAUAUCUGCAACUGAGGCAAACAUGGUUAGCGUUUAUGAUCCUACUUUGCCUAGUGGAAGUUAUUAUUAUACUGAUGUUAAUAUUUCUGAGAAAUCGAAUUCGGAUUGCUAUUGCACUUUUGAAGGAAGGCAGCAGAGCCAUUGGCUAUAUUAUGUCUACAUUAUUCUAUCCGAUUAUCACCUUCAUUCUUAUUGCCGUCUGCAUUUCUUACUGGGCAGUGACAGCUGUCUUCCUGGCUACAUCAGGGGAACCUGUAUACAAAGUUAUGGCUAAUCAAAGCCUGUGCAAAUAUGCAAAUCUGACCUGUUAUCCAGAGACUUUCAACACCACCAAUGUGACCAAGCUGUGUCCAGGGGCCCAGUGCACUUUUGCUUUCUAUGGAGGAGAAAGCUUGUACCACAGAUACAUCUUGGUCUUUCAAAUAUUCAAUGUUUUUGUCUUUCUCUGGUUGGUAAAUUUUGCAAUUGCACUGGGUCAGUGUACCCUUGCUGGUGCCUUUGCCUCUUACUACUGGGCCUUCAGAAAACCUGCUGACAUUCCAUCGUGCCCACUAUUUGCUUCGUUUGGACCAGCUCUUAGAUACCAUACAGGGUCCCUAGCAUUUGGCUCCUUAAUUCUUGCAAUAGUCCAGCUAAUUCGGGUAAUCCUGGAAUACCUGGAUCAUAAACUUAAAGGCUCACAGAAUGCCUUUGCGAAAUUCCUUCUUUGCUGCCUCAAAUGCUGUUUUUGGUGCUUGGAGAAAUUCCUUAAAUUUAUCAACAGAAAUGCCUACAUCAUGAUCGCGAUAUAUGGUAAAAACUUCUGCACGUCAGCAAGGGAAGCUUUCUUUCUGCUUAUGAGAAAUGUGGUGAGAGUUGCAGUGCUGGAUAAAGUGACAGACUUCUUAUUAUUCCUGGGGAAAAUUCUGGUUGCUGGAGGUGUAGGUGUCCUAGCCUUUUUCUUCUUCACACAUAGGAUACCAGUACUCACACAAGAGGCACCAUCACUGAAUUAUUACUGGGUCCCACUCUUGACUGUAAUUAUAGGCUCUUACCUAGUUGCACAUGGGUUCUUCAGUGUCUAUGCAAUGUGUGUUGACACACUUUUCCUCUGCUUUUUGGAAGAUUUAGAAAGUCACAAUGGCUCUACUGCAAGACCUUAUUACAUGAGUAAAUCUCUGUUGAAGAUUCUGAACAAGCAGAACAUGCAAACCAAGAGACAAUAGAAAAUGCCCACUGUCCUAACCAUACAAUCUUGUUUCAUUCAAUGCAUUGUUUCUUCAAUACAUUGUUGACUGUCAGCUUUUAUUUGUGCAUGUUUUAUACCAAAGCUACUGUACAUGUGAAGCCAUCAAAGUUUGUAGUAACAUUAUUUUUAAAAUUUCGGCAGAAACAAAAUCCAUAGGAGCAUUUUUAUACAGAGAUUUUUUUUCUUCUCCUUUUCAUUUUGCCUUUAAUAUCUUGUGGCUUGGAUGUUUGGGAGUGAAAGAAUAUUAAAAUGUUGGCUGCCUUUUUAAAAGAAAAAAGAAAAUAUGUGAAAUGUUUUCCUGUUGCAGAUUUUCCUCUAGGUAAAUAAACAGGUUUCAGACAACACAACGUUAAGAUUUUUCAACAAAGUCUGUAAAUGUCCCUUUCAGUAUAGAAUAGAAUAUAUAAAUGUCUCUUGAUUGCAUUUAAUGUCUUGUCAGUUUCCUAGCUGUACAGCUGUGUGCUCCAUGACAAAGUGCCUUACUGGCUAUUGGUCUUGAUUAGCUUGUGUUUUGAAGUUUACAAGUAGCAUAUGAACCAUAAAGCCGCCAUUGGUUGGCAUGAUCGGCAAAGCUCUCUUUUUGUUUACUUCAAAGGUAUGGGUACAAAAUUAAUUAUUUGACCUUGUGUGAAAUAUCUGAAGUUGUCUAUGUUUUGCCAUGACCUACAAUAUCCAAAAAGUUUGUUGUGAUCAACAUUUUGCUCCCCCCUCCCAACAAAAAAAGGUAGUAGAGAUAGACAUUUCUAAAGUAGUGCAACAGUGUGUUGUGCUUAGCUUUAUAUCUAAUUUAUGCUGCAAGAAACUCUUAAUCAGCUUUUGUUGACCAUCUAUUUCAAAACCUAAUGCAAUCCACAUGUAAGAAAGAUAUGCAAAAAGCUGAUCAGCAAAGUAAUUUUUUUUUCAGGUACUUUGUUAGACUUCCUCAAAUAGACGAGUUGGAAGUAGGGUUGCCAACUUCUCUGCCGUCCUUUAGCUGUGCUGUUUUAACUGUGGUUCGCUGUAAUUAGCAGGAGAUAACAUUGGCCAAAAAAAAA